AAAGGGUGCCGAUUCAAUGCAGAAGCAGGAAAGUGAUAAUGAAAGUGGAUGUGGACGAAGGGGGAAUUCUGAGGAGGAGACAGAGCGCUUGGAGCAGGUAGCGGGCCGGGGAUGUUGCUGCCUCUGGUUCCCAGUGUGACUCCUGCCUGGCAGGCUGGCGGAGCGCGAUGCCCCGAUCGCAACGUGGAAGAGGAAACGGAGCUGGCGACGGCCUGCAGGACGCUGCGUUCGCACGCUGACUCCUUUCUUCGAUGCGCGGAGGUGGACAUGAGAGGCCUCCCUCUCUCCGCAGACGUCGGCGGGCAGCCGGCCUUUUUGGACCAGGAUCGCGCGGCGCCGCCGGGGGAUGUGGACGGCUGGUGGGAGGCGGACCGGACGGCCGGCGCGGCGGAGGACCUGCUCUCCCUGAUGAGAGAGGUGCAAUGCGGUGCGGGGUUCCCCGAAGACGUUGCUCAUUUACUUUCUCACGCCGACGUCGGCGAUCCCCCUUUGUCCUCGGGCGCGGGUCACGGCGUGCCGUCGGGCCUUGCAGAACUUUUUUUUACCACAACUCGCAGCACCGAGGACUCGCAGGAGGAUGGCGAGGUGGAGGCGAGCGUGGAGACGCAAUGGGGUGUAAGGAUGCAGGAUGUGGAUCAGGACCCGUUCAUCUGCCCCGACCUGGGAGAAAUACCAGAUGAUUUAUCUGAAUACCUGAACGACGAUUACCUUGGGAAGUUUGUGGUUCCUUACCUGGACACGGAUGUGCUCUUCAAUGACCCAUCGCUGGAGUGUGAGGAGGAACUCAGCACCUGCAGUGCUCUUCCCAUGCACACAGAGCCGGCCGGCCCAGACGUCCCGCAGCAGCAGCAGCAGACGGAUAAAACAAGCAACCGCACAGGCAGCAGGAGAAAAAGAGCCCGAGCACCCCGGUUGCAACGAUGCACCGAUGAGAACUCACCGUCACGGCCCAAAAGACACAGAGCAGCAGGUCGACCAGAAACCGUCGUGGCGCAGGUUGAGCCACCAGUCACCCGAGGGUCACAUCCGUGUUCUGCAGAGACGGCGGGCCUCUUCGCCCCCCCGCCGAGGAUCCUGCACCUCCAUCCCUCCAUCCAGUUCAUCCCCAUCCCAGACGCUGCAGCUUACCAGAUGAUGCGGGCCCUGAGAGUCUCUCAUCCGGUUAUCAGCCUUCCACUCCCCAACACAGCUGCUGCACCCACUUACAUAUUGGUUCCUGCUGCCUCACCACCCUUCAAACAGGAAGUGCCCCCCCUCUCCCCAAUGGACGGAGCGGUAGCGCCAGUCCAAAUGAGUUCGCCCCCCGCCGGAUCCCUGUCGGACGCGGCGAGCAGGGCCGGCUCUCCGACGCGUGCCUCCCGCCCCUCCCCCUCCUCCCCCGGCGGCGACACGGAGGAAUCGGCCGUUCCGCCGUCUCCUGCUGCCCUCGAUGUUCCGCAGGUCGUGAAGGACUACAUCGUGGAAGCCAAAGCGCACGUUAGUCAAACCUGCCAGGAUAUGGAGUCCGGCCUCAGUCUGACCUCUCAGUACGUAGACGUGCAGGUGAGCCGGAAAGAGAUUCUCCACUCAGGGAAGAACACCAACAAAGUCCUGGAGAAGGACCUGGUUAUUGCGGGAGACACAGAUCGACGAGAAAGCCUUUUGGGGCACCUUCAGAUGUUUAAAGGCUCAAAGGGCGACAAACCCAAGCGCUUCGUGUUGCUACUCGGCAACGCCGGCAUGGGAAAAACCACCCUGGUCAGGAAGCUGUGCCUCGACUGGUCCAGGAACUGCUUGCCAGAGUUUGACUUUGUCUUCUUUUUAGACGGCAAGGCGCUCUCUUUACCGGAAGCGUCCCACAGCCUUCAGACCCUCCUAUUGAACUUCUCCUCGUUGGCCCCUCCUUGCACGGACCCCGAGGCGGUGUACGCUCAAAUCCUCGCGGCCCCUAAGCGCGUGCUCGUCAUAUUCGACGGGUUCGACGAGGUGCGGGACUAUGAAAUCCUCCUCCAGACGCAGGAGAAAGACUUGAUAACGUCGUUGCACAAAGACAGCAAAGCGCCGGCCUUCACGGUGAGACAGUUGUACUCGGCCGUCCUUCAGAGGCUCCUCCUCCCGGGCUGCACCCUGCUGCUGACCACGCGGCCGCGGGGCAGCGCCAGCCAGCUGCUGAGGCGGACCGACAGUCUUUUGGAGGUGUGCGGCUUCAACCCCGCCAACGUAGAAACGUGUUUAUCCCGGUACUUCACUGACCCGGACCUCAGAGCGACCGCUUUGGGCUUGUUAAAAAGCAGCAGCUAUCUGCAGCUCCUCUGUUGGAACCCUGGACUGUGUCGGUUGGUCUGCUUGGCGUUAGAACACUGCAAAGGUUUAGGCCACUUGCCGAGAACUCUAACCGGGCUCUGUCAUCAAGUGCUCUGCCUGAAACUGGAGGAGGAGAGAAGGAGCGCGCUCUCGGAGGUCGGACCUCAAUCGCUAUCUGGGCGAUCCGUAGAAAAACCGCAAACACAAAUCUCAAGUUCUCCGGCCGUCAGGCGCCGAAGAAGCACGCGGCCCACAGCGCCGGUUCACACCCGCUCUCGCACCCAAAGCGAGAAAGGGGAAGACGGAGUCGACGGGGAGGAAAUGAGGAGCGUUGGCGGCGAAGUGGACAGAACUGAGAGAGAGUGGCUUUCCCAGCUGAGCUCUCUGGCCUGGAAGGGCGUCAAAGCAAACUCUGCCAUUCUGUCCCCCGAAACAGCCCUAUCUGCCCAACUCAAGGCGUUCGGCCAAAGGACGGGGCUCUUCUUCUCCUACCCCCGCGGGACGAGGCCGGGUGUCUCGAGUGACGAGCGAGGAGAGGACGGAGAAGAAAUGGGAACACGAAAGAAUGGAAAAAAGAGGGGAAAGAAGGGGAGGACGUAUGAUGAAGACGCUGGUGCAAGCGAGGAGCACUUCCUGUUGUGGGCCAACCCUUUCCUGCAGAGCUACCUGGCAGCGGUUCAUCUGUCUCUGUCAAGGACCGUGACGGACCGAGCCUUCGUCCAGACGCUCCCUUUCCAUCCAGGCCAGAAGGAGCGUCGGCGGCCUCAGAGGGAGGAGCUCGAUCUCACCCAGCGGUUCGCAGUCGGGCUCCUGUUCCACGACCGGGCCGAGCUGCAGAGGCUCCGCUCGUCCACGGAGAAAUCCGUCGGAGACGUGGUGGCCGCCAAGCGGGCUUUGGUGACAGGGCACCUCCAGGGUCUUUCCCACGGGGACCUGAGCCCCGCCCGAGUCCUGGAGGCUUGCCACCAUGUUUUUGAGGCGGGUUGCACGCACGGCGGCGAGCGGUUAGUCGCUCACCUGGCCGCCAACCUCCCAGAAGUCCUGACCUUCCACGGAGUCCCGCUCUCGCCGUCGGACGUGUUUGCCGUGAGGAACGUUCUCGAAAGUGGCGGAACGGAGGGAAGGAGGUUCAGUUUGGACUUGGAGGAUUCUGGGAUACAGAUUCCGGGCCUCAGAGCUCUAGUCGGGCUGAACAACAUCAGCACGUAUAGGGCGUGCAUCGCUGAUGUCAUCUCCUUAUGGGAGCAGCUGGAGCAGAGUGGCGAAGACGUCCUCUUGCGAGAGACUGUGUCCAAAUUCAAGACCCACCCUCUGAAAGCCACGCGCGCGUGUCACGUGGAGCACCUGGCCAAGCUGGUGCAAUUACACGCCCGCAGGAGGCUGUCGCUCAGUUCCAGCCAAUCGGAUUCCGUCCUGUCAGAGGGAGUGCCAGCUGUCAAAGAGCUUCACAAGCUGGAGUUUGAGCUCGGGCCGGGGAAAUGUGCCCCGGUUCUUUCGCAGCUUUGGAAGCUCCUGCCCGGUCUGCACAAUCUACAACACUUAGAUAUGGAGAACAGUAAGAUCGGGGACGGAGGAGCAGAGAAACUGGCCGAUGCUUUGGUUCACCUCGGUUCUCUGGAGAUACUCGAUCUCUCACAGAACUGUAUCAGCGACGAGGGUGUUAAGAAACUAGCAAUCACGCUGAAGGAUUUACCCAAACUGCACUGCUUAAGCCUCAACAGUAAUGAGAUUUCUGACGAGGGGGCCGAGAGCUUAGCAGCCGUCCUCCCACAGGCGCCGUCGCUCACCGACCUGGACUUGGAGUACAACAAGCUGACGGACGUCGGGGCGCAGAGCUUGGCAGCCAGUCUGAGAAACUGUAAAAAAAUGAAGACUCUGAGGAUGUGGAACCAGUGUAUUCCGUAUGGAGUUUUUGAGAGACUUCAGCAGCAGGACAACCGGAUCCAUUGGCAGUAGGAGGAGAAGAAGCCUUUGUUGUGUUUCUCAUGCACACAUGUUGACGCUACACAACAAAGGUUCUAAAGCACGUAUGUUCUAGAAACCGUGACUGGAACGAAGAGAGAGAGAGAGAGAGAUGGUUAAUUUAACUGUUUCACAAAGUUAAGAAGCACAAUUGCACUGAUACUUGAAAAUAUGAAAUCACGGAUUUGUUUGCUGUUUAUUGACACUUCUGUUGCUGUAAAUGAGACGUUGCUUAACAAUCACACGCACUUUAAAAUGAACGUAAGGGAUGUCGCAAGGUUUCUUACUUCCUUUCCUCUUUUUCUCUAAUAAUUUGAUAUGUUUACGGAGUUCACUUGUUUGUCAAGCACUUCUUUUGGCUUCCUUUUUUAUAAAAUGUCAGUUCUCUAUUUUGCUGCAAACUGACCUUUUCACUGUUUUAGUGUCCAAACGCAGCAACACUAAGUUCAUCAUGGUGCUUUUUUAUAUUUACGCCAAUGCGUUUACAGAGUCAGGGAAGACACAAUUUUAAUAUAAUUAUAAAAAAUAAUUAAUCAAUUGCUAUAGUGUGUAACAGAAAAUUAAGGACACAGUUUUGGGAGCUUUUUUUAAGACAAAAUAUCCUGAUACAUACUAAUUAAGACUUACAGUUCUAUAUUUAUCUGACCAUAUUUUCAAAUAAAAAAGUGAAACAUUA